AUGUCAAGAACCGAAUUCAAUUGGGAUGUGUUUCCAUCUACUAAACUCGAGGCAAGGCAAAUGUCUGGUCCCAUAGCCUGCUUGUUCACUCCAUUUGAAAGUACUACCACCGGGCAUUUGGAGUCAAACCCCAUCCAGUGCUCAAAUUGCCAGGCCAUUCUCAAUCAAUUCAUAAGGAUUGAUAGAGAAAAUAGGCUUUGGUGGUGUCCUUUGUGUCAGAUCAAGUCGGAGCUUCCAGAAAGGUUUGUAAUACCUGAGAAAGGCUGUUCUGACGAUGAAAUACCUCUUUCUAUCAGACCAAGUCCACACGGAACUGUGGACUAUGUCCUACCAGAAGAUAUCACUGAGUCUGUUUUCUCGGGCUCUUGGGUGAUCUUCGUUAUCGAUGUGUAUCAAUACACGAAUGGAGACGAGAACGGAGAUGAUUUCUGGUCGCUCAAAACGGCGAUUGCCGAGAGUAUAGAUAAACUCGAGAAUGAUGUCAAAGUAGCCAUCAUCACUUUUAGCGAAGAGGUCUAUGUUCAUUUUCCAAACAAGGCCCAGUGCAUGGUUCUUGAGCCAUUUCAACAAACAGGAGACUUCAUGAUGGAUUUCUCCCGAUGGUCUGAAGGUAACCAUGAAGUGCUUUCGCGCAACAAUCAUGCAUUCUCAGCCCCCAGUGAACACUUGAAGCAGUACAUUAUGUCUCUUCAGCCUCACCCAACAAAACUGGUGAAACCUUGCAGAAGGACUGGCACGAGUUUGCUCACAGUCUGUGAACUAGUGAAGGAACACUACAAGUCAUUUUCUUUGGGAAGAGUUUUCUUAUUCCAAUCUGGGCCACCAACCACAGAACCGGGCAAAGUCUCAGAAGAGAACACACCAUUGCGCACUCACAAUGACAUAGUGACACUGAGUGCUCCACACUUGUCUUCUGCUAUUCAAUUCUACUCAUUUAUUUCUCUUGUCUCAGUUGGGUACACUUUUAAUCAGGCUUACAAAUCUGUGUACCACUCUUCUACACAUACCGCCAUGCAUAGACAAAGCAGCUCCCCAAAAUUCACUUUCAAUAUAUUUGUGGGAUCCUCCGAUCAGACCGGUGUGUACGAAAUGAAAAGGCUAGCCGAGGGAGGCAAUGGUACCAUCUACAUGACAAGCACAUUUUGCUCCAAACAAUUCGUUGAAGCAUUUCACAAUUGUAUUGUGCGUACAAACAAUGAGAAGAAGAACUGUUCGAUUACUGUUCUACCUUCUAUUGGCAUCAAGAUCAUAUCCGCAAUUGGUAACUGUACGGAGUUGGAGUCUUCAUACAAAGCAAAAUACGCAGACUUGCAUCAUGACAGAAUAUCGGACCUCGUUACAAGCUUUGAGUCUUCUAUAAAGCUCAGAAACUUCACGAACCAAUGGUAUCUCGGUGGUCUCAAUAAUACUGAAACUACAGCCUUCUAUUUUGACGUGGACACUGUUUCUUCUUCAUCCAUGCUUGACCCAUUUAAGGGUUCCAAAGAAUUGUACGUACAGUUUCAAACUAGACACUUUGAUCGAAAACUCAACAGGCAAUUGUUACGUGUGACAACCGUGCGGCGACCCACAACAUUGGCCAUACUUGACUCGAACAAAGUACAAUUGUCAAAUGGCAAGUACAAACUUAUCCACCACAAGAGUACCAUAAUUAAGGAGAAAAUUCUUCUGGAGAGCUUUAAUGCCAAUAUCUGGAUCACAUUGCUAACGCGACUCCUCGUCAAUAAAAUUGAUUAUCCUGGUUGCUACAAUCCCACCGAGGAUAUUACAAAGGAACUUGAUAAAAUCCUCAUUCGGUUACUAAGCAAUUUUGGUGGCAUUGAAAUAGAUCGUGAAGUUGGGUCAAAUCCGUACGAUGCUUCGAAUUACAAAUAUGCCAUGCACAAAUGCUUUGAGGAGCUUCCUUCUCUUGCCUAUCAAUUGCGGAAGAAUCAGCAGCUCACAAAAGUGUUUAAUUGUUCUCCUGACGAAACGGCAUCGUGUCACAAUGUCUUCAAAGCUCUCUGCGUGGAAGAUUCUGAGAAAAUGAUUCGACCAAGGUUAUACAAGGUUGUUGCAAAUUCUUUCACCCAAGUCCCAUUCCACUGGAAUAGUUUACUCGUGUCUAACAACGAGAGCCACUACGUCGUACUUGACAGUGUGACCACUAUCAUUAUUUGCAAGUGCACGGCAAAUAAGGAAGACAGUCUUCCUUUGCAUCCUUCGUACAAUGAUGAUGUUCUCUAUGACACUCGCAUGCCACAGGACUUGCAAGAUGUGAUAGCUUUGGUGAGAAAAGAGACUUUGGCGGCACAAGGCGUCUUCCCUAGAAUAAUUGUCACUCAAACGGGACAUUCACAAGAACGUUCAUUGAAAGCACGGUUAGAGAAGGCAGCACCUACCUUGGAACCCAAACCGAAGACGAAAAAAUGGUGGCAAUUUUCUAAUGCUGGAGAAAAGACGAGGACUUUAGCAGAGGAAAUGACCAUGAAAGAGUAUCUUGAGAUCUUAUUGAGUAAGGUCAAAGCUCAUAAGAACAGAUCUAUUUAA